AUGUUAGGUUCAAAAUCGGGUUUUGUGUCUAGAGUUAAAGAGAUUGCUCCUGAGGUUACAGUGACUCAUCGCAUGAUCCAUCGUCAGGCACUUGCAUCUAGAACCUUCCCUAGGGAACUCCAAGCCAUCUCAGACAACGCUAUAAAGAUAGUCAAUUAUGUAAAAUCUAUGCCUGUGAACACACGUCUUUUCAAACAAUUGUGCAAAGAUUUAGAUUCCGAGCAUCAACUUCUGCUUUUUUACACUAAAGUUCGAUGGCUAUCCAAGGGCAAUGUCCUGAACAGAGUUUUUGAACUUAGAGAAGAGCUAAAGAUGUUUUUGGAUAUGCAAGAUAAGGAGCCUAUUUUUUUUAAUGAUCCACUUUGGAAACCACGUUUAGCCUAUUCAGCUGACAUAUUUGACCAGCUUCAGGGAAAGGACACAACAGUAAUUCACUUUGUUGACACAUUGCGUGCUUUUGUUGCCAAGAUGAAGAACUGGUCUAGGAAAGUUAGCUCUGGUAAUUUUGCUAUGUUUGAGAAGCUUUGUGAAGUGGCUGAAGGAAGAGAAGAAGAAACAGAAUCUUGCCUCCAAAAUUAA